AUGGCUACUACAAACAUUUUGCCUAAAGAAAUACGUUAUUCAGCCUUUCUUGCUUCUGCAACAAGCGGAAUUGUACUUGUAAUUUCAUUAUUUGCAAUGAUACAAAUUCAACAAGAAAUUAGUGGAUUUUGGGAGGAAGUGGAUGCUGGUGAAUCAAUAGAAGAAAAUUGGAACGACUUAAGGCGGGUUCGCCGCGAAGUAUACGAACCUUCCGCACCUGAAUCAAAGCCUCCAGGAAUCUCAACAAAUACGAACGCCGCAUGUAACUGCGCCACUGGAAGUAGUAAUAAAUGCCCUCCGGGUAUACCAGGGCCAAAAGGAGUUAGAGGAAAGCCUGGAAAUGAUGGAAAGGAUGGAUUGAAUGGCAUACCUGGAAAGGAUGCUUCUGAUGUUCAAUUAGCUCCUGAAUAUGAACGUUGUUAUUAUUGCCCCUCGGGUCAACAGGGAACAGUCGGACCUACAGGCAAAUCGGGACCUAGAGGGAUGAAGGGAGUCAAUGGCAAGCCAGGAGCAGCUGGAAGAGAUGGCCAACCUGGCAGUCCUGGGGAUAACGGGCCACCAGGCGCUCAAGGGGUUGUAGGACAACCAGGUCCUGUUGGAGAGAAAGGACGCGAUUUUCACCAACAAAUAGGCCGUCCAGGUUCAAAGGGUCCAAAAGGACCCCCUGGACCUCAAGGCCCAAUCGGAAAUCCCGGAAUGCCUGCACCGCCGGGACCGCCUGGAGAAACGCCUGGAGAGAGGGGAAAUCCAGGUAAUUUCCGAUUCAAAAUAUUGUCUAUUUUGUCAUUCAAAAAAGGUCCACCGGGAGAAGUCGGAAAGCCAGGACCUACAGGAUUUGAAGGAAACAAUGGAAAACCAGGUAGCUGGUUGCAAGCUUCAAUUAACAUUUUUCUCGUUAAAGGACCCGAUGCUCACUAUUGUAGUUGCCCACCUCCAUCAUUUACUAGCAGAACAAAAAGUAAUGGUUCUGUGAACCGUGGUCCUUAUAAUUACUACUUUGGAAUGUCUAGGCGAACUAGAGUUUAA